UACUUCAGCUGAGGUUCUCCAACCCCAACAAAGAGCAGCAGGAAACCCCGCUCUGACCUGCAGUCCACACCUCUGCGCUUCCGCUCUGGUGGUGCUGGGGAGACAGACAGAGAGAGAAAGUGAAUGGAUUAAAGAAGUAAAUUUCUCCCACAAGUCUUCUGCUCUGCUUUCCUGCAGUUUAAACUUGCCUCCACCCAGAGGAAUGUGCCCGACGGCUAGAAUCAGGAGAUGUUAAAAGUUUGAGAAUAUGGAGUCCAUGAGAAGCUCCAGUGCUCCGCAAACAUCUUCAGGUAGUUUCUCCAUCAUCACACCUCAGGACCUCACGCAGGAGAGCACAGGAAAGGAGAGAACUCAUCACUGCUCCGAGUGUGGCAAGAGCUUUUAUCAUCAGUGUGAUCUCCAGAGACACCAGCGCGUUCACACCGGGGAGAAACCGUAUCAGUGCCUGGAGUGCGGGAGCCGCUUCACUCAGCAAGGUUCUCUCCAAGCGCACCAGCGCAUUCACACAGGAGAGAAACCGUAUCACUGCUCGGCGUGCGGCAAGAGCUUUACCAAACAGAACGCUCUCCAAAGACACCAGCGCAUCCACACCGGAGAGAAACCGUAUCAGUGCCUGGACUGUGGGAAGAGUUUCACUCUGAAGGAUCACCUCCAAAGGCACCAGCGCGUUCACACCGGAGAGAAACCGUAUCAGUGCUCGGAGUGCGGCAAGAGCUUUAAUCAGCCGAGCACUCUCCAAUCGCACAGGCGCAUUCACACGGGAGAGAAACCGUUCUGCUGCCCGGAGUGCGGGAGGAGAUUUAGAGACAGAGGUGACUUCCAGAGACACCUGAGCAUCCACACAGGAGAGAAACGGUUUCAGUGUUCAGAGUGCGGCAAGAAAUUCACCGUACAGAGGCAGCUCCAGAUUCACCAGCGCAUUCACACCGGAGAGAAACCGUAUCACUGCUCGGACUGCGGGAAAGGGUUUACUCAGCUGGGUGGUCUCCAACGACACCAGCUCAUCCACACAGGAGAGAAACCGUACUUCUGCUCGGAGUGUGGGCGGAGCUUCAGGCAUUCGAACACUUUAAAUGAACAUAAGUGCACUACGGGGGAGAAGCGGUAUCAGUGCUCAGAGUGCGGGAAAGGUUUCACACAGAUGGGAGGUCUCCAACGACACCAGCUUAUUCACACCGGAGAAAAACCAUAUCACUGUUCGGAGUGCGGGAAGAGUUUUAAUCAACUCGGCAGUCUCCAGCUACACCUGCGCCUCCACACCGGAGAAAAGCCGUACGAGUGCACACAGUGUGGGAAGAAGUUUAGUGACCGAGGUGGUUUACAAGUGCACCAGCGCAUUCACACUGGAGAGAAACCGUAUUACUGCUCAGAGUGCGGCAAGAGCUUCCGGCAUUUCAGUACUCUGAAGAGACACUGUGUGAAGUGCACUAUGGUGGAGGUGAAGACUGUUAUAAUGCCUACAAGAAGAAUUUGUCACACAGGAGAGAUUAAAUGUGACAGUAUGUCAUCCAAAAGGAGCUCCAGUAUUCGGCAGACGUCCGCCAGUACUCUACAAACUAACACAGCCAAGAGCCCAAAAACGGAAAGGAAGAAAGCUCACCACUGCCCAGAGUGCGGGAAGAGUUUUCCACAUCAGAGUCGCCUCCGAAGACACCAGCGCGUUCACACCGGAGAGAAACCGUACGCCUGCUCAGAGUGCGGUAGUAGAUUUACAGCACAGCACAGUCUCCAGCGACACCAGCUCAUUCACACUGGAGAGAAACCGUAUUACUGCGCAGAGUGCGGGAAGAGUUUUAGAGACCGUGGAACCCUCAAAGCACAUCAGCGCAUUCACACUGGAGAGAAACCGUAUCAGUGCUCAGACUGUGGGAGGAGCUUUAAUCAACGGAAUAGUCUUAAACUACACCAGCGCGUUCACACCGGAGAGAAACCGUAUUGCUGCUCGGAGUGCGGGAGGAGUUUUAGAGAUGGAACUGAUUUCAAAUCGCACCGGCGCAUUCACACAGGAGAGAGACCGCAUCAGUGCUCAGAGUGCGGGAGGAGCUUUAGUGACCGAGGCAACCUCCGAGCACACAUGCGCAUUCACACCGGAGAGAAACCGUAUUACUGCUCAGUGUGCGGGAAGACUUUCCAUCAGCAGAGUAAUCUCCGCCUGCACCAAAGCAUUCACACAGGAAAGAAACCGUAUCACUGCAUGGAGUGCGGGAAGAGUUUUAACCAACAAAGUAACUUCCAAGUGCAUCAGUGCACCCACACGGGAGAGAAACCGUAUUACUGCUCAGAGUGCGGGAAGACUUUUAAUCAGCAGAGUGGUCUCCAACGACACCGGCGCAUUCACACUGGAGAGAAACCGUAUUACUGUGCAGAGUGUGGGAGGAGCUUCAGGCAUGCACACACUCUGAAGACACAUAAGUGCACUUCUGUUUUCAGCUGGAGGUUGGGGGGUGUUGUAGAUGUUGAUCCAUCUUAUCUCCAUAAACAGAUCAUGGAAUACAUCACGUUGAUAAACUCAGGAGAGGUUAAAUGUGAGAAUAUGACGUUCGAGACGAGCUCUGGCGCUCAGCAGGCGUCCUCCGGUACCCCUGAAACCGACACACCUCACAGCCCAACUCAGAACAAUACAGAAAAGAAGCGAACUCACCACUGCUCAGAGUGCGGCAAGAGCUUUCACCACCAGAGCUCUCUCCAAAGACACCAGCGCAUUCACACCGGAGAGAAGCCGUACCGCUGCUCCGAGUGUGGGAGGAGUUUUACUCUGCAGAGUGUUCUUCAACGACACGAGCUCAUCCACACCGGAGAGAAACCGCAUCAGUGCUCCGAGUGCGGGAAGUGCUUCAGAGACAAACGUACCUUCAAAGCACACCAGCGCGUCCACACAGGAGAGAAACCGUAUCGGUGCUCGGAGUGCGGGAAGAGCUUCAGUCAGCGGAAUAACCUUCAGCUGCACCAGCGCAUUCACACCGGAGAGAGGCCGUAUUACUGCUCGGAAUGUGGGAAGAAUUUUAGAGAUGUUCGAGAUUUCGAGUCGCACCAGCGCGUCCACACAGGAGAGAAACCGUAUCAGUGCCCAGAGUGCGGGAAGCGCUUUAGUGACCGAGGAAAUCUGAAAGCACAUGUGCGCAUUCACACCGGAGAGAAACCGUAUCGCUGCCCGGAUUGCGGGAAGAGUUUUAGCCAACUGAGCCACCUCCAACUCCACCACAGCGUUCACACCGGGGAGAAACCCUAUCAGUGCUCGGAGUGCGGGAAGAGCUUUAAUCGACAGAGUAACUUCCAAGUGCACUGGCGCACCCACACCGGAGAGAGACCGUACUCCUGCUCGGAGUGUGGGAAGAGCUUUAAUCAGCAGAACGGCCUCGAACGACACCAGCUGAUUCACACCGGAGAGAAACCGUAUCAGUGCUCAGAGUGCGGGAGGAACUUCAGGCAUGCACACACUCUGAAGACACACAAGUGCACUUCUUUUCAGCUGGAGUUUGGUGGUGCAAUAGAAGUUGAUCCAUCCUAAGAGUGGCCUUUUUGUAGUCUGAUGGGAAUCACACUCUAGUAGCAGUUGCCCGCUCUGUCUUUCAGAUAUGGCUGCAGAUUGCAGUACGUUUGAACAGCAGUGCGUCAAACAUAAACAGCUCAGAGCUCCAGCAGACACGACACUGGCUUCGUAAUGACUCAGUGAAAAAGCUCAGCUGUUAGCGUUAAAAUCUGAGUCUAUUAAACAGAACCAGAUGAAAACUGCCAGUUAAACAUCACUGUUUGCUCCUAACAGACUCACAUUAACUGGUUUACACUUUACAUUCGUGUUAUAACUGGAUUCUGUCCUGAUUAGAGCAGGUUAGCAGAAAGCUAACAGGCUAACGCCUAAGUAAUAAAAGACAGACGUCAAGUUUAAGCCUUUAAAUAAAGCAUUACUUAAAAACAGACAUACAGAGUAAGGAAUGUUACUUACACGCCUUUUACAAGCUAAAAACAUCAUAGCUGCCUCAACAUUGUAAUGUCUGUCCGCCAUUGAUGGUGGACGACGGCGUCGUCUAUCAGCCCAACCCUAACUGACCCUGUCCCGACUCCAGCCUUUUACAUUGGUUCUUCUCUUUUUCAUUUGAUUAUGAAAAGGUAUAAAUAUACCCCUUUCUGGGAAAAGUGAAAUGUAGUGUACUUUAAAUGCAUAGUUGUAUCUUAA